AUGUGUCAGGUGACACAUAAAGAACGUGAUUCCCUUACAGGCCCCACCAUGUGGAUGAUUCCAGGGCAGAACCAAAGCUGGGUUUCUGAGUUUGUCCUGCUUGGCUUCUCCAGUGACCCCACAACCAACAGCAUCCUCUUCAUUGUGUUCCUUCUCAUCUACCUAUGCUCAGUCCUGGGCAACGGGCUCAUCAUCAUGCUGAUCUGCCUGGACACACAGCUGCACACUCCCAUGUACUUCUUCCUCUGUAUACUUGCCCUGUUGGAUAUGUGCUAUGUCACCACCACCAUGCCCCAGAUGUUGGUGCAUCUUCUUGCUCACUCUCAGACCAUCUCCUUUGCUGGCUGCUGGCUGCAGAUGUUUGUGUUUGGUGCCCUGGGUAUGACUGAGUGCACCUUCUUUGUUGUCAUGGCUUAUGACAGAUAUGUGGCCAUUUGCUACCCACUGCGUUAUACUGUCAUCCUCAACUGGGGACUGUGCGUAUGGUUGGCUGCUGGGACAUGGAUCUGUGGUUUCUUCUUUUCUGUGCUGCAUACUUUCUUCACCAUGAGUCUGCCAUAUUGUGGGCCCAACAAGGUCAACCACUAUUUCUGUGAAGGUCCUUCAGUGCGUAGCCUGGCUUGUAUGGAUACCCACCUCAUUGAGAUGAUAGAUCUGGUCUUGAGUAUUUUUGUGGUUGUUACUCCCAUUUUCCUCAUUGUGGCCUCCUACAUUCAUAUUGCCAAGGCUAUUCUCAAGAUCAAGUCCACCCAGGGUCGCUGCAAGGCUUUCUCUACCUGUGCCUCCCACCUGACUGUGGUCACAUUCUUCUAUGGUCCAUGUACUUACAUCUACAUGAGGCCCAACUCCAGCUACUCCCCUGAGCGAGACAAGCAGGUCUCACUCUUUUACAAUGCCUUCACAGCCUUGCUCAACCCCGUGGUGUACAGUCUACGGAAUAAGGACAUCAAGAGAGCAUUUCUUAAGGUGUUGGGCCAUAGUAGGGUAGACUGCUGAGCCAGAAUCCAGGACAAGCUGAGUUAGAGUUCAAUGUUUAAGAAAGGGACAGUGUCUUUAUUGUAUCUAACUGACUAAUGUGUUUGAACUCACAUAGUUAACUG